UUGAAAUUUGACGUUCUGUAAAUUUCACGCGUGCAUCUUCUAGUCCAGUUUAUCUCCUUCUUCCUGAUUCUGAUUGUAGAAAACAUUAAUUUUUUUAUCUUAUCUUAUUAUGUGGUGGUAAAUUAUAUGCAAUCUUCCAUUCAGUCUUAAUUUCAAAUAUCUGUAGUAAAAUGACAGAUUCGGAACCUAAAGUGAAAAAAAGUAAGCUCAGCUCUGGAGAUGGUCCGGGGUCUAGUCAUGAGGAGCAAGAGGUGGUAAUUGAUUUUGUCGGAAGAAGUCCUGAAGAAGAUGAUGCAGAGGGUAUUACGCAGUUGCUUGUGCCCCUUUUCCACUCUUCCGGGGUCGAUCUACCAGAGCUGGUGAAAUUGAUCAUAGAGCAAAAAAAUGUGGGUAGUGUGAUCAAAGAAGAUGAAAGUAUAGAGGAAAACCAAAAUGAAGAUGAGGACGAUGAAGAUGAUGAAGAUAAUAUUUUUGGAUUAAAUACAGUGCUAGACCUUACUAAAAACAAGGAGUCACAGUGCACAAAGCAGUUGAGAAAGUUUAUACUAUCUUUAGCAAAGGAUCAUGCUGAAGAUUAUUCUGCAGUUGAAUCGCUUCUGUCAAAUGACACAUCUGCUCCAGUUGGGCUUAUAAUUAACGAGAGAUUUAUCAACAUUCCACCUCAGAUAUCUGUACCAUUAUUUGAUAGUUUAAGCAAGGAAAUCAAAGGCUCAGAUGAGUUGUCAGAUUUUGAACAUUUUGUAAUGAUCUGCAAGAUAUACAAACCCUCAAAGAGGAAAGUCAAAUCCAAACCAGAAAAGGAAGCAAGUGGUAUACUGUGGUCAAAUGCCGAAGAGGAGCUGAUAAAUGAGGAGGCUGAAAUUAAAUUUGAAUACCCUAUCAAUGAUGAAAUCGAUUCGGCUGUUGGUGGGAGUUGGUUAGAAAAAGAUGAAGCAAUGAUUACUUAUCGCAGGUUAAUUACUUUUCCGGCUAGUAAGUUAAACAGUAUAAUUGAAAAAAUAAAAUCAAGUCUGUCCUAUGUCUGUGUAUUAUUUCCUUUGAAUGUUCUGAAAAAUUAAUUGCAGCUGAUGAAU